AGCCGGCGCCCCUGACACGUGAUCUGGAACGGGCUGUGUCGCUAGGUGACUCGGUCUGUCCGUCCGUCCGCGGGUGCCAUCAUGGCGGACGCGGCCAGUCAGGUGCUCCUGGGCUCCGGUCUCACCAUCCUGUCCCAGCCGUUCAUGUACGUGAAAGUGCUCAUCCAGGUGGGAUAUGAGCCUCUUCCUCCAACAAUUGGACGAAAUAUUUUUGGGCGACAAGUGUAUCAGCUUCCUGGCCUCUUUUGCUAUGCCCAGCACAUUGCAAACAUCGAUGGGAAGCGUGGCUUGUUCACAGGCUUAACUCCAAGACUGUGUUCAGGGAUCCUUGGGACUGUGGUCCAUGGUAAAGUCUUACAGUAUUACCAGGAAUGUGAGAAACCCGAGGAGUUUGGACCUGUAAAUGUACAAAAGGAAGACCCGUCCUCCUUUGACCGAGUUGUCAAAGAGACAACUCGAGAGAUGAUUGCUCGCUCUGCUGCUACCCUCAUUACACAUCCCUUCCACGUGAUCACUCUGAGAUCUAUGGUACAAUUUAUUGGCAGAGAGUCUAAGUACUGUGGACUGUGUGACUCCAUACUGACCAUCUACCGGGAAGAAGGCAUCCUAGGAUUUUUUGCGGGUCUAAUUCCUCGCCUCCUAGGUGACAUCAUAUCCUUGUGGCUCUGUAACUCACUGGUUUAUCUCGUCAAUACCUAUGCGCUGGACAGUGGGGUCUCUACCAUGAAUGAAAUGAAAAGUUAUUCCCAAGCUGUCACAGGAUUCUUUGCCAGUAUGUUGACACAUCCCUUUGUGCUUGUGUCUAAUCUUAUGGCUGUCAACAACUGUGGGCUUGCUGGUGGGUCUCCUCCUUACUCCCCAAUAUAUACUUCCUGGAUAGAUUGCUGGUCCAUGCUACAAAAAUCGGGAAAUAUGAGCCGAGGAAACAGCUUGUUUUUCCGGAAGGUCCCCUUUGGGAAGACUUACUGUUAUGACCUGAGGAUGUUAAUUUGAAGAUGUUGGGGCAGGGACAGUGACAUUUCUAUAGUCCCAAUGCACAGAAUUAUGGGAGAGAAUGUUGAUUUCUAUACAGUGUGGCGCGCUUUUUUAAUAAUCAUUUAAUCUUGGGAAAAUGGAGGUGAUUGGUGUUUGCCUUUUUUGUUCUUUUUCCUAGCACAUCAUUUACCACUGGUGUUCCCCCUUAAUUAUUAAAAAUGGGACUUUUUUUUUUUCUCCAAAUUCUUGUUUUAAACAGAAAAUAGAAGUAUUUUCCUAAAAGAACAAACAAGUUGUCAUGUAGAUUUGAGUCUCAGGUUAGGGCUUUGUCAAAUGAAGAAUAGAAUCCCAGUAAGAAGGAAGUAGUUCUAUAAAAGUUGAUAAAAUGAAGAAGGCAUACGUGUGGGAGUUUAUGAAUUACCUUGAGCAGGUAGAUGCUAGACAGCAGUAGCAGCUCCAGUCUACCUCCCCCUGCUUCCGUGCAGCUGACCCAUCUCACUGCUCAGUGCUGCUGAGUUACUGUAGAAGAGAGAAGCAUCACCUCCAACAAAAGAAAGGACCGUUUCAGAGGCUUUAGCAAGAAUUGGAAAGGAAAUAGGGUCUUUCACUCCAAAGAAGCUCUUGACUUCUUGUAGCACGAGAAGCAAGUACUACAGCUAAACAGUAGCCCAUAAGUGCUCAGUGCCCACAAGCCCUGAGGUCAUCUUCACUGCGCUUCUGUUGCCUGUAAGCUCUGCUCCUAAGUGUUUGAUUUUCAUUUCUGAUGACAUCCUUAAAAAGUGUAUUUGUAAGUCCUUAUCUGGUAAUGUGGACCAAAGUCCACAUGGCUUCCAGGAUAUUUGCCCAGCUACGCAUGUCAUACCCUCAGUUAGGCAUGUUAAAAACACUGGAGGAAAAAUUACUUUAGAAGGAAAUUUUCAACUCAAGCAUAAAGCUCCUAUUUACUCAGGCCUUUUUAACAGCAGGUUAAAAUGCUCAUAAGAUGAGAAAGCUUAAGGUGUUUCUUGUUUAAGUAAUUCACUGGUACUUUGCCAAAUGAGUAAACACUGAACUUGCUGCUUUUAGACGUAUCACUGCGGCAGAGGCCAUGAUGUUAGGUUGUGUGAGCAUGCAGGGUCUUCUCCCACUCAGGGUUAGGGAAUGCAACCUGAAGCUCAUGAGUAGCUCAGCUUGAAAUGUCUUUGAUGUCAAAAGUACUGUUUCAAAAAGUAAUGUAAAUUUUAUAUUCUAUUCAAUAUUAUCUGCAUCUGUUUUAAUAUAAAAAAUGUUUUGCAUUACCUACUCUUUUUCUCCCCAAAAAAACGUCAAGUAAAGAUGAUCUAGGAAAUGCA